UGUGAGCGACACGGGCAAUUAUACUUUGUAUAAUAAAUUUUGAGACAGAAAUGUUCUUAUGCAGUAACUUUUUUUAUAAGGAAAAAGUGAGUGUUUGUAUCGUAAUUGCAAAUAACAAAGAAAAAACGGACAGGACACUGUGAUUGCUUUUUUUUUAUUUUUUCUUUACGAACGGGGGAUGUUAGCUGAAAAUACAGAACUGGCAACCCUUCUGACAAAUGCACCUUGAGCCGUCGUAAUGAACCGCCCCUCUCAUUACCAGCGCUCACAUUGCAGGAGGAAGAACAUCCCGCUGCUGUUUGUUCAGCUCCUGUUGUGAAGUUACUGAGGGACAAACGGGCAGUUUGACCAACAAUGUCGAGCAGGUAGAAACAGCGUGACUGAAGCCGCGGAAAUGAGCGAAACAGCCGAGACGAGAGGGCCCGUAACCCGCCGGAGGAGGACAACCAGCACCAGCACCAGCACCAAGCAAACCAAGAGGCAAGACGCAGGGGAGAAACCUCCACCGUGUUCCGCUAAAGAAAAAGCCGCAGACAAGGUCCAGAAGCAUGCGAACAAUAACGGCAAUGUGGAGAAAGAAAUGGGGAAGUCAACACAGCAGCAGCAGCAGCUCGCAAACAGUCCGAAGAAACAGAGGAGUGCGGUAGAAGAUAUCAACGAAAAGCUCAGGUGUCACAAUCUACAGGAGUCUCUCUUGAGCUCAGCCAGCGGCUACAGCAACUACAGAGGAAUCCUCAACUGGUGUGUUGUCAUGCUGGUGCUGAGUAAUGCACGACUUUUCUUAGAGAACAUUAUAAAGUAUGGCAUCUUGGUAGACCCUAUCCAAGUAGUGUCCCUCUUCUUAAAGGACCCCUACAGCUGGCCAGCAGCAUGCCUAAUCAUUGUGUCCAAUGUGUUCAUAUUAGCAGCCUUGUACAUAGAGCGGCGUCUGGCUGUGGGCACAAUCUCCGAAACUACAGGGCUGAUUCUUCACUUGUUUAAUCUGACAUCCUUGUUAAUCUUUCCUUCAGCCUCAGUACUCACUGUGACCUCCAUCACACCAGUGGGUGGUGUGCUCUCCUUAGGCACCUACACAGUGCUGUUUCUCAAGCUGUACUCCUACAUGGACUCCAACAAGUGGUGCAGAGAAAUCAGACAAGCCAAAGCUAAAAGAAUGACACGAUCAUAUUCGUGUCCAAUUGUGGCACAGUCCAACGGGUCAGCGGUUAACACCAAUGUCUCCUACCCAGGCAACCUCACACACAGAGACAUGUACUACUUCAUCUUUGCACCAACUCUCUGCUACCAGCUCAACUUCCCACGGUCUCCACGGAUACGCAAAAGGUUUCUGAUCAGAAGACUUUUUGAAAUGCUUUUCCUCAUGCAGUUGUUGGUGGGAUUAAUACAGCAGUGGAUGGUCCCAAGUGUUCAGAACUCAAUGAAACCGUUCCAGGACAUGGACUUUUCUAGGAUGGUGGAGCGGCUGCUGAAACUAGCUGUUCCUAACCAUCUAAUAUGGUUAAUAUUCUUCUAUUGGUUUUUCCAUUCCUCUCUGAACUUUGUGGCAGAGCUCCUGCAGUUUGGAGAUCGGGAGUUCUACAGGGACUGGUGGAACUCUGAGACUGUCACAUACUUCUGGGCCAACUGGAACAUCCCAGUGCACAAGUGGUGCCUGAGACAUUUCUAUAAGCCAAUGUUGAGGAAGGGGGUGAACAAAUUUCUGGCUCAAACUGCUGUUUUUCUGGCUUCUGCCUUUUUCCAUGAGUACCUGGUGAGCGUUCCUCUCAAGAUGUUUAGACUGUGGGCAUUCAUGGGAAUGAUGGCUCAGGUUCCUCUGGCUUUGUUCGUAAGUCGCUUCCUGAACGGAAAUUACGGCAACGCGGCCGUGUGGAUCUCACUCAUAAUUGGACAGCCCAUCGCCGUGUUGAUGUACGUCCAUGACUACUAUGUCAUUCAUUACGGGAGCACUACAUAACACAGGACAGACACCCACACACUAGUCUGUGAAACACGCCAAUGAGGUAUUAUAGAGCAGGUUCGAGGGAAUCCAUGGCAAGCUGAUGUUUAUGAAGCUGUUGAAGCUUUGGCAUGAAAGUUGUGACUUUAUUUUUGCACAUUAGAAAACCAUCAGGAAAUGAUUUUGGAUAUUUAGGAGUCUUGUCUAGUCUCACACUGCACCCCUGUCAGCCUCCAACUGUGCAAUCCACUGUACGAAAACAAAUAUAUGGUGCUAGUGGUUUAAUCUACCGUUCAUUGGCUCAAAGGUUAGACUUCUUUGGGGGUUGGGGACUCCUCUGCUUUAAUACAUUCAUCUUAAAAGUGGGAAGACUAAUAAAAACCACACGCUCCUCCGCUCAGUGAAUGUUUAAGAAUGCACAUACCAGCAGGUGCAACAAGUGUGAACCACUGCCAACUGUGCACAAGCUACAGCCUGGAUCCAGGAUCCUUCUUCCAGAGAAACUAUAUGAAAAUGGGGAUUCUAUAUCAGGGGCUGAGGAGCAUCUUUGUAUAUCCAGAGGCAACACUUUUAAAUGUUAAAGCCAGUAAACUUCUACAAGCUAAAGCCUGACAUCCUGGUCAACCACUUAAGAAUCUCCAUGGCUUGACAUAGACCAGACUGACUUUUGCAUGUAUCCUUGGAUGCAAUAUAACUUCCAGUAUUACGGACGGUAUAUUUAAAAAUGACAUUGAAAAUGUCCAAAGGUAAAAAACUGAAGGAAACAAGGAUUCCUCUCCAAAAAGACUGAGCACCAGGACGUUGAUGUGGAUUUAUUUGUACAGUUGUAUGUCAAACAAAAUCAAUGCAAGCUUUGAGCGGAAGAGCACGUGCUGCCGGCUUACUUGCCUUGGCUUUAUCAUCAUCUUGUGUCUGCACUGCCUUUGAUUUGUCGAGUUUAUUUUAUAGUUUUGCAGUAUUGUAUUUGCUGGAUGUUUGUGCCAUCUUGAAAUCACAUGU